AUGGAAGGAACAGGUAUCACGGUAUCACUAACUGCUUCUCCGAAGCAUCUGCAUCGACAGCUCUCACGCAGGGACAUCGAAACACAGCACGGUAGGAUGUCCAAGAUGGCGCCAAGCGACGAGGAAGCUGACACUUGGGAGGCAGAAUCCCAGACCUCGGAGCCAGAAUGGGAUUGGGGAGACCGAGCUGUGCAGCUGGGUUCGCAUGUUUGUGAAGCGAAGAUGUGCAAGCAAAGUGCAUACGGCAAGCUGUGGCUGAGGCAUUCGGAGUCGAGUGAUGCAUACAUAGAUUACGUGAGCUUCAUGACCUUUGAUGACCUUGUGCUCAUGCUUGAAGUUGGGUGGGUGUUGCUCAUCCCAGAGCUUUCCUUGCCAAUGGGAGCUGUCGCGGCUGCACUGACGUUUGCCGGUGUCGGGCUGCACUGCGGCCGCAGGAGCUUUGCUGAUUUGGUCAUUGAACUUGUCAUGACAAUCUGGCUGUCCACCAAUGUGUUCUGGAUGACGAGUGAAGUCUUGUACGACAAGCCAGAUGUCGAGUUUCCCUGGAGCUUGUCGCCUCUUCUUCCAGAAGACGAGCCCGUCUACAGCGUAAUGGAAAAGAUGGCAUCCACCGGCUUUUUCGUCGCUGUGGCCACCUAUUUGCUCGGGCUCGCUGUUGUAACCUAUUGGUACUUGCAUCCAAAGUACAAUUUUCCACCGCGUGCAUUGGCAAGUUUUCUGCUGCAAAGCUACCUCUGCAGCUGGUGCCUGAAGGACUUCUUCUGGGCAAGAGAGGAGUUUUGGCCAGCUAUAUCAACGGAUCUCAUCACAGUGCCAAUGAUACUUGCGAACGCACGGCUCGAAAGCGAUGGCUGGCGCAGUAUACGUCGUACCAGCUGGUCCUGGGCCGUCUGGGCGAUUGCUAAUGGCAUUUGGAUCACUGGCGAGCUGAUGUACCCGGGAGAGGAGCAGUUCAACUACGUUGUAGCAGCCUUGUUGACCACCGCGUUCGUGAUGCUGGCUAGCAGCUACGAGCAGUACAAGGCCGUCGAGCAGAGGAGAACGACUUGGACGGAGUCUGAGCCUGACAGCAGUACGGACUACACCACGGAUGAUAGCAAAGCUUGA